AUGGAAUACCAGACUGUUCAGAUGGAAACAGGUUCAGUCAUGCACCUCAGGUCAGUCCACGCUGACCUCCUGCUCCUGCUGGCUGUGCUCCUGCUGUGGGGACCUCUGGGGUCCAGGUGCCAGAAUGACACAGAGCCCAUCAUCCUGGAGGGGAAAUGCUUGGUGGUAUGUGACUCCACGCCGUCGUCCGAGCCCGCCGGCAACGCCCUGGGCAUGUCUGUGCGCUCGGGGUCCGGCCGAGUGGCCUUCUCCGCCAGCCGCCAGACCAACCACGAGCCCACGGACAUGAGCAACCGCACCAUGAUCAUCUACUUUGAUAAUAUUUUGGUUAACGUGGGCACUCAUUUCGACCAAGAGAGUAGCGUCUUCCUGGCACCGAGGAGAGGGGUGUACAGCUUCAACUUCCAUGUGGUGAAGGCCUACAAUAGACAAACCAUCCAGGUCAGCUUGAUGGUGAACGGCUGGCCGAUGAUUUCAGCCUUUGCUGGGGACCAGGAUGUGACCAGAGAAGCUGCCACCAACGCCGGCCUGGUGAUUAUGGAGAAGGGGGACAAGGCCUACCUCAGACUGGAGAGAGGCAAUCUGAUGGGAGGCUGGAAAUACUCCACCUUCUCUGGGUUUCUGGUUUUCCCCUUGUGA